UGUCUGUGUGUGUGUGUAAUUGGGGGGUGGGGGGCGUGCCGUGCCGUGCCACCGUAUACAGCAGCAUGUAGCACCUGGAAGAGCGCUUGCACCAGUUCCCUGCGGUGUCGUGAAGCGGCGGCUCUUCGGGGUCGGACGGACGGACGGCGGAACGGACUCUGACCGUGCACGCUGGAUCGCAUCGGGCUGGAGGGGGGGGGAGAGUACUACUGUAUACACGGGGUUGCCGUCGACGUGAAAAGGACGGCGUGUGUUUAUUUCCUCUUGGUCCAUGGUCGUUGAGGAAGCUUCCAUUUUGAGUCCCGUGUCGACCGAGAGAAUCAUGGCGAGCGACUCCCCUGCCCGGAGUCUGGACGAGAUAGACCUGGCCGCACUACGGGACCCAGCUGGUAUAUUUGAGCUGGUGGAACUUGUUGGCAAUGGAACCUAUGGGCAGGUCUACAAGGGUCGUCAUGUUAAAACAGGCCAGCUUGCUGCCAUCAAAGUCAUGGACGUCACAGGGGAUGAGGAGGAGGAGAUUAAGGCGGAGAUCAACAUGCUGAAGAAAUACAGCCACCACAGGAACAUUGCUACGUACUAUGGAGCCUUUGUCAAGAAGAACCCCCCUGGCAUUGAUGAUCAGCUAUGGCUGGUGAUGGAGUUCUGUGGCGCUGGCUCGGUGACAGAUCUGAUCAAAAACACGAAAGGAAACUCUCUGAAAGAAGAAUGGACCGCCUACAUCUGCCGAGAAAUUCUCAGGGGUCUGACCCAUCUCCAUCAACACAAGGUUAUUCACAGAGACAUCAAAGGCCAGAAUGUGCUGCUGACCGAGAACGCUGAGGUCAAACUAGUGGACUUUGGGGUGAGCGCCCAGUUGGACCGCACCGUAGGUCGAAGGAACACGUUUAUUGGUACUCCAUAUUGGAUGGCCCCAGAGGUCAUCGCCUGCGACGAGAAUCCUGAUGCUACAUAUGACUUCAAGAGUGACCUGUGGUCACUAGGUAUCACAGCCAUCGAGAUGGCAGAGGGAGCGCCACCACUGUGUGACAUGCAUCCAAUGAGAGCUCUCUUCCUCAUCCCGCGAAACCCGGCCCCCAGACUCAAAUCUAAGAAGUGGUCUAAGAAGUUCCAGUCCUUCAUAGAGAGCUGUCUGGUGAAGAGCCACAGCCAGAGACCCAGCACGGAGCAGCUUCUCAAGCACCCCUUCAUCAGGGACCUACCCAACGAGAGGCAGAUCCGCAUCCAGCUCAAAGACCACAUCGACCGCACCAAGAAGAAGAGGGGUGAGAAGGAUGAAACGGAGUAUGAGUACAGUGGGAGUGAGGAAGAGGACGAAGAAAGAGACAUAGGAGAGCCUAGCUCCAUCAUCAACAUCCCCGGGGAGUCCACCCUGAGGCGGGACUUCCUGCGCCUCCAGUUGGCCAAUAAGGAGCGAUCGGAGCGGAGGCAGCAGCUAGAGCAACAGCAGAAUGAGGAGCACAAGCGCCAACUACUGGCAGAGAGGCAGAAACGCAUCGAGGAACAGAAGGAGCAGAGGAGACGUCUGGAAGAGCAACAGAGGCGGGAGCGGGAGCUGAGGAAACAACAGGAGAGGGAGCAGAGGAGGCGUUACGAGGAGAUGGAGCAGCUCCGCAGGGAGGAGGAGAGGAGGCACGCCGAGAGAGAACAGGAGUAUAUCCGAAGACAGUUAGAGGAGGAGCAAAGGCAGCUGGAGAUUCUACAGCAACAGCUCCUGCAGGAGCAGGCCUUACUUCUGGAGUACAAGAGGAAGCAGAUAGAGGAACAGCGGCAGGCUGAGCGGCUCCAGAGACAGCUGCAGCAGGAGAGAGCCUACCUGGUGUCUCUCCAACAGCAGCAGCAGCAGGAGACUCCUCGGCCUCCUCAGGACAAGAAGCAGCUGUACCACUACAAAGACCAGGCCCCCAGCAACAACGACAAGCCUGCCUGGGCCAAAGAGGUGAUGCGUCGAGCCCAGAGCAACUCGCCUCGCAUCCCCCCCAAGAAGCACCACUCCUUCAACCUCCCGCGAGACCCCAUGCUGUCCAACCUCCUCCGACUUCCUGGUUACAAACCUCGGCCCCGCCCCCCUUCCUACCCCGCCCAUGGCAGUCCCUCCAGGCAUAGUUUCCGCCGUUCGGACCAAGUCAUUGUCCCUCGAAUCCGUGUGAUCUGUGCCCCCAACCCUAACCCCGCCCUCGACUCCUCUCAGCCAGUCGUCAUGCGCAGGCGGAGUCCCGCGAAGAGCUCGGACUCCAGGGGACGGAGCCCAGGACGCCGGCAUAAAGUGGCCAACCGGAUCUCUGACCCCUCGCUGCCCCCCCGCUCUGAGUCCUUCAGCAGCGGAGGCAUCCAGCAGGCCAGGACCCCCCCCAUGCACCGCUCCGUAGAACCACAGAUGGCCCACCUGGUACAGGUGAGGACCCACGGUCUGUCGGGCUCCCAGUCUCUGUACGAUCCCCACGGCGUGUCCUCCCCCUCCCGGCCCCCCAUGCCCCGGCAGAACUCUGACCCCACCUCUGACACCCCUCCCCCACCGCCCCUCCCCCGCCUGGCACCCCCCCUCGACAAGCUGGACCGCAGCUCCUGGCUGCGACCGGACGACGACACGCCUCCCAAGGUUCCUCAGAGGACGACCUCCAUCUCCCCUGCUCUGGUCAGGAAGAACUCCCCCGGUAAUGGACCGGGACUGGGACUCCGCCAAGGAGCACACCACAUACGAGCAAGCAACCCUGACCUGCGGCCCGUCCUCAUGGAUACGCCCCUGAAGAGGACGAGCAGUGGCAGCUCCUCCAGCUCCAGUACACCCAGUUCCCAGGGAGGAUCCAAUGAACGGGGUAAUUUAGCGAGUAAGAAUGAAGGGAGUAUGGCAGCUUCUCAGGAGACCAAAGAUGACACCAGAGAGGUGACACGACCAAGCAGACCUGCAGACCUGACAGCCCUGGCCAAAGAGCUCAGGGAGCUCCGGCAAGGAGAGGAGACGAACCGCCCGCCUGUCAAAGUGACGGACUACUCGUCAUCCAGUGAGGAAUCCCACAGCAGUGAGGAUGAGGAAGGAGAGGGUGGGAUGAACGACGGGACAGUUGCUGUCAGUGACAUACCUCGGAUUAUGCCGGCUGCAAGUCGUAGUGCCAAUGAGUCAUUUGGGAUGAUAGGAGGUCACAACGACACCCAUGGCGACUCCUAUGGAGACAGCUCCCAGGACAGCACCCUGAUGAUGCGUGAGAAACACGGGGAAAGGAGGCGGAGCUCUGCCGCUAGCAACGGUUUCCCCGGCAAUACUAAUCUGUUCCUUGGCAACACCAAUCUGCCCGAUCUAGUGCAGCAAAGCACCUCCCCCCUGGUCUCCCCUGGUGAUGGCUCUGGGUCACAACAUGGGAUGAUGGGAAGUGGGAGUGGCUCCAAGGCCUCCUUCACACCAUUUGUUGAUCCAAGGGUUUACGGGACCUCCCCUACUGAAGACGACGACGAGAAUUCUGCCUCUGCUCUGUUUGCUGAUGAGCUGAUGAGACAGGAGCAGGAACAAGCCAGACUGAACGAGGCCAGGAAGAUCUCCGUGGUCAACGUCAACCCCACCAACAUCAGACCUCACAGCGACACGCCUGAGAUCCGCAAGUACAAGAAACGCUUCAACUCCGAGAUCCUCUGCGCCGCACUCUGGGGGGUGAACCUGUUGGUGGGGACAGAGAACGGCCUGAUGCUGCUGGAUCGGAGUGGUCAAGGGAAGGUGUACAACCUCAUCAAUCGACGACGCUUCCAACAGAUGGAUGUUUUGGAGGGACUUAACGUCCUUGUCACCAUAUCAGGGAAGAAGAACAAGCUGCGCGUGUACUACCUGUCCUGGCUGAGGAACAGGAUAUUACACAAUGACCCGGAAGUAGAAAAGAAACAGGGCUGGAUCACCGUUGGGGAUCUGGAGGGUUGUGUGCAUUACAAAGUCGUUAAAUAUGAAAGGAUUAAGUUCUUGGUGAUCGCUCUGAAGAACUCAGUGGAAAUCUAUGCCUGGGCCCCCAAACCCUACCACAAGUUCAUGGCUUUUAAGUCAUUCACUGACCUACAGUACCGACCUCAGCUCGUCGACUUGACUGUGGAGGAAGGACAGAGGUUAAAGGUCAUCUAUGGCUCUAGUGUGGGAUUCCAUGUCAUCGAUGUGGACUCUGGCAACCCCUAUGACAUCUACAUCCCCUCCCAUAUUCAGAGUCAGGUGACCCCCCACGCCAUCGUGGUUCUGCCCAAGACGGAUGGAAUGGAGAUGUUGCUGUGCUACGAAGACGAGGGUGUCUACGUCAACACCUAUGGGCGAAUCACCAAAGACGUGGUGCUUCAGUGGGGCGAGAUGCCCACCUCCGUCGCCUACAUCCACUCCAACCAGAUCAUGGGCUGGGGAGAGAAGGCCAUUGAGAUCCGCUCCGUGGAGACGGGACACCUCGACGGAGUUUUCAUGCACAAGCGAGCUCAGCGACUGAAGUUCCUCUCCGAGAGGAACGACAAAGUGUUCUUUGCCUCUGUGCGCUCUGGAGGCAGCAGUCAAGUCUUCUUCAUGACCCUCAACAGAAGUUCGAUGAUGAACUGGUAAACCCCGCCUCCACCCCUCCCGCCCCCUUUGACCCGCAACCUUCCACCUCCCUCUGCACAAUCGCCAGCCAGGUGAGAGGACGGAGGGACAGCAAGAGGCUGAGAGGACAAGGGGAUGAGGAAACAAGGAGCCACUGAAUGAAUCAGUGAGUGGCUGUAGAGAACGUCUGAACGCAGCCACGCGAGCUCGUGUGUCUCCAACAAAGCUGGCCUACAUCUGUUGUGGGAACUACAGGCCUCAGAACCAGCUCAACUGUAGGGCAAUAUUGCUGCUGGACAAGCCAAGGUGGCGCUGUCUACUUCUUGUGGGUGACACCUUCUCUUCCUCUGAGUACUAUUCCAUCUAGUUGGGCUCUAUUUUAUUCCUGGAGAGCUUUGAUUGGGACUGGAAAGGACAUUAUCCUCGUGCUGAACAGCCUUAGAGUCCCCCAUUUGACCCAGUGUGUAGCACAGGGCACACAUCUGUCAUGUCCACAACAGCUGUCUGGGAGUGCUGUUGAAAAUGUGCAUCUUUGUCGUCUCUUCUCCAGCUGGGGAGGAAAAGAUCCAAAUACAAUGAAAGAGCAGUUUAUUUUGUAUGAGGUGUAGAUCUCUCUUGUGUCAGCGUCAUUUUACACCGGUUUAAGAACACCCUCGACACAGCGUUGGGUUCAGGCACUAUGGCUACCAAACCAUGUCCUUUCAUUGUGUUUCUAGUGAAAUAGGGGAGGAAAGGUUGUAGAUAUUGUAUUAAUGUUGAGAUAGCAACACACGAAAAAAAAAACCCAAAUCUUAGCACAGUUUUCAAGAAAAGAAGUUUGCAUAGUCUAGAUGCCAAUCUUUGGUCGCUUCACUUUUGGUCCCCUGUUUCUCUUCAGCAUUUCUCUUUCCGCCGGUCUGUGCGCGUUACACUUGUGUAAAUAUUCACCUUGCUGUUAAAGAAUUGACAUUUUGCCGAAUGGCAGAGUGAGCGAAAACCACGGAGAAAAAAAAAAUCAAAUCAAAAAGGUUUUCUAAUUUACAUUUUGCCAUACCGCUCUGUUUAAAUGUCCAUUUCUGUGCUCUCUAAAACAGUGAUUUCAUUGUUGAAAGGGUCUUCGUUUUAUUCUUAUUCCUUCGCUGUUUGAGAGGGUUUUUUGUUUUGUACCUUUGCAUGGCAGCAUUUUGAUUCUACCUGUCACCAGUUACUGAGUUGUCAGUUAACAGGCAAUAUACCGGGUUGUCUGACUGUGGGAUAAAGUGUGUUUGUUGAAGGAUGAGUGCUAAAUGUGAGCUCAAAAUGUACUUCUUUUAACUGCCUCAAAUUAGCAGUAAGCAUAAUCAGAAUUGUAAAUGCACACAAUUUGAGCUACAAUAGCCAAAGUUUAGCAUCUUGAAUUGUAGCCAAAGAUGUACGGUCAGAUAAAUCAAGUGUGUGUGUGUGGGGGGGGGGGGGUAAAUGCGUUAUGUUAAACUCAUAUUUUUGGCAUUCUGUUCAUCUGCUUAUCUAGAGCAGUUUAUAUAAAGAUUGAGCAAAUAGGGGAUCAGUGUCUUACGCAUAGACUCUUUGAUAAUAAAUCAACAAUGUGGUUUUCUUAAAAGGAUGGAACACGAACCUUGUGGGUUAUUUAAAGGUCUCUAAAUCAUGACACCUUUCCAUGUUAACUUACUAGGCAUAGGAUAAAACUAGAGAAUUUGGGACUGUGAGUUGCCCAUAAGAAAGAAACUGGUGUAACUGGCUCUUCCUUCCCUACUUGCUAUUCCUUCACUCUUCAUUCGUCGAAAAAAAGAGCGAGAUGGGUACAAGUGGUGCCGUUUUAGGCCAGCUGAAACCUUUUAUACCUGCAGGCCUGUAAGCGUUUAUCAAAACCCGAGGAAAGGCAGAGAAAGAGGGGACCA